CGCGCGCUCCUGGGUCCUCCUGGUGAGGGGCUGAGGGGGAGCAACGGCCGCCAUGUCGGCUCCGGUAGAAGAGGCUGCGGAAGCUGCGGGCCCGGCCGAGAAGCGCCCGGAUCUCGUCGAUCUUUUAGAACGUUGCGGAAGUUGCCGGAAACUUCUUCAAGCCGAAAGGGAACCGCGAUUAUUGCCUUGCUUGCAUUCGGUGUGUCGGCAGUGCCUGAGGACGGGCCCGGGGCCUGCGACGGAUUCAGGGCCUGGAGGGCAAGUGGUCGACUGCCCCAUCUGCAAGCAUCAGUGUCAGCUGCAGGAUGUGGUAGAGAAUUACUUCCUCAAAGACAAAGGAGCCAAGAUGGCUGGUGCCAACCCCGCCUCCACUCAGUGCUGCACCAGCUGUGAAGACAACGCUCCUGCUACCAGCUUCUGCGUGGAGUGCUCAGAGCCUCUGUGUGACACCUGCGUGGAGGCUCACCAGAGAGUCAAAUACACCAAGGAUCACACGGUGAAGGCCGCAGCCAACAACAGCCUGAAGGAGGUGGAUCACAAUGUCUACUGCUCCGUGCACAAGCAGGAGCCACUGAUGAUCUUCUGUGACACGUGUGACACUCUGACCUGCCGGGACUGCCAGCUCAACGCACACAAGGACCACCAGUAUCAGUUCCUGGAGGAUGCAGUGAAGAACCAACGCAAGAUGUUGGCCACGCUGGUGAAACGGCUGGGCGACAAACAUGCCAGCCUGCAGCACUCCACCAAGGAAGUGUGCAGCCUGAUCCGCCAGGUGUCGGAUGUGCAGAAGCAGGUGCAGGUAGACGUGAAAACAGCCAUCCUGUACAUCAUGAGGGAGCUCAACAAGAGGGGCAGGGUGCUGGUGAGCGACGCCCAGAAGGUGACUGAGGGGCAGCAGGAGAAGCUGGAAAGGCAGCACUGGGCCAUGACCAAACUGCAGAAGCACCAAGAGCACGUCCUUCGUUUCACCUCCUGGGCUUUGGAGAGCGAAAACAGCACGGCUCUGCUCCUCUCCAAAAAACUGAUCCACUUUCAGCUCCAGCGCGCCCUCAAGAUGAUCGUGGACCCUGUGGAGCCUCAGAGCGACAUGAAGUUUCAAUGGGAUCCCAACGCUUGGACCAAGAGUGCAGAGAGCUUUGGCACCAUCGUGUCGCAGAACGGCCUCCCACCAACCCUCAGCCCUCAGCUGCCAGCUGUGGGUUCCUCACAGGGUUCCCUGAAAGCCACAGUGGUGAGCAAAGGACAGUGUGCCCCCACCCCCCUCCUGCCCCCCAAAGCAGCCCAACCCAAGGACAAAGAAGGCCAGGAGACCCCUGGCAACCCCCAAACUGACGAUGUGGGGGUGGAGACACCAGACACACCUCAGGGUCCCUUAGGAACUGAGGGUCCUGACCUGUCCCCACCCUGCCUUGAACCUCAGGUGUCCGAGACCCCCAAGGAUGCCAACGUGGAGCUGGCAGGUAAUGCCUCUCAUGAACCUGCUGCCACAGGAGCAAAGAGGUGAGUUGCCCCCAAACCCCAUGAAAAUCCUCCUGAGGGGCUUAUGGGGGGGUGCUCCCCACACAUCCUGACUCCUUGCCACCGCCACCCCAGCAGGCAACCCUCAGGAGGCCCCGUGCUCCGCAAGGUGCCACGGGUCAGCCUGGAACGCCUGGAACUGGACCUGUCAGGGGAAGCACAGCCUCCUGUCUUCCGUGUUUUCCCUGGCACCUCAUCUGAGGAGUUCAGCCUCAUCGUUAUUGAACGGGGGGCGCAGCCUCAGCCUGCUCCUCCACCCCCACCUGCUAUCAAGGAGGAGCAGAAAGAAUUGUCUAUCGAGGACGCCAAGGACACCAAACCCGUCCUGCUACCUCCUGAGCCCCCCAGCGGGGUGGUGACAGGGCUUGAAAUCCCCCCAGCACCCACCGUGGCCCCCCCAGGGACCCACCGUAACGUCUCCUGCUGCCGUGUCUGCUGCCAGGCCGGUGCUGUGGUGAUGUGUGACCUCUGCGAGCGCUGCUACCACCUCGACUGCCACCUCCCUGUGCUCCACGUGGUCCCCAGGUACAUCUGGUCCCCCUUUCUCCCCCCCCCU